GCCGAAGCCGACCGGCGUCAGACGUCAGUUCGACAUCGAGCGACACACAGACCGAGCGCCUCGCGUCGCCACGCGAUCGCGCAUUUUGUCUCGCGAUUACAAUUAAAUUACAUGUGGACUUUUUUUCGUUUUGAAACAUUGGCAACUUAUCGGACACAUCUUAACUUGGGUAAUUUUAUUCGGAUACAUGGACAAAUAUAUUAUAGCACCUAAAAUAUCGGUCGGCUUUAUACAAAAAGUUUAUCGACCCUAUAGCUGCCCUGCCAUAACAACCCUUAUUCACUUCACUCAGCCAGUCGCUCCCUCUAAUUAUUGACUCCCCUAAAGUUUGUUGAAAAAUCCGGUCGCUCUCGAUUCUGCCCUUUUAUUGCUUUAAUAUUUUUAUUACUUUGCUCCUUGGAUAUCGUUUCCUGGAGCGUGCCGUGACGCGCAAACAGCACUCCCGACAGUGUAUCCUGCGACACGAUUGCAAUACGACUCGUCUUUGAUGGUUUCCUCAAUUGAUUAAUUAAAUAUAAUUUUUCCCGUUUCACUGAUCUGGAAGAUCUUGAUCGCAGGCGUGAUUGGAAAUAGCAAAAGCACCGUGUCUCAAUCCCAUUCAGGUCAAUUAUAGUCCGCGAACCAUGAGACUUGGUUGAUAUUGGCGCGUUUUCCUCGUGUGUAGUGAAUGUGAAGGUGAAUUUGAGGUUCUGGACUGCGCGGGCGCGGGCGCGGUGCAUGGUCGCGUGAGCAGCAGCCGCAGCGGAUGUGCACGCCGCUGCCGCCGUGGUGGUUCGUGCCGGCUGGAAUGCCAGCUGCUCUUGACCUAACUAGGUACAAGAGCGGGGUGCGCUCAGUGAGGGGCGGGGGCGGCGGCGGCGGCGGCGGCGCGGAGGAGGCGCGGCGCGGCGGCCUCAAGGCGCUGCCGAAGCGCGCCCGCACUCGCUGCAGGGGUAUGAACAUGGGGCAAAAGCUCUCCGGCGGUGUGAAGUCGGUGUCGCGCGAGUGCACGGCGCCGUUCAAGGCGGUGGUAGCACGCGAGCUGGCGCCUGAGCCGCCGCGACCCGCGCGUCUCGACGCGCUGCUCGACGCGCCGCCCGCGCAUCCCGACCUGCAGAUCAAGCACGCAUGGAAUCCAGAUGACAGGUCGUUAAACAUAUUCGUGAAAGAGGAGGACGCAUUGACGUUCCACCGGCACCCCGUUGCGCAGAGCACGGACUGCAUCCGCGGGCGCGUGGGGUACUCGCGCGGACUACACUGCUGGGAAGUGGUGUGGCCGGCAAGGCAACGCGGCACGCACGCUGUCGUCGGCGUCGCCACUGCGCACGCGCCGCUCCACUCCGUCGGCUACCAGAGCCUCGUCGGUGCCACCGACCAGAGCUGGGGGUGGGAUUUAGGCAGAAAUAAGAUAUACCACAACGCCAAAGGCACAGGUAGCAGCGGAACGACGUACCCGGCGCUGCUCCGGCCCGACGAGCAGUUCCUCGUGCCCGACCGCCUGCUCGUCGUGCUCGACAUGGACGAGGGCACGCUCGCCUUCUGCGCCGACGGGCGCUACCUCGGCGUCGCGGCGCGCGGCCUGCGCGGCAAGACGCUCUACCCCAUCGUGUCCGCCGUGUGGGGCCACGCCGAGAUCACGAUGAAGUACAUCGGCGGACUUGACCCGGAGCCGUUGCCGCUGAUGGAACUGUGCCGGCGCGUGAUCCGGCAGCGCGUGGGACGGCCGCGGUUGCGCGCGGCAGCGUCGCGGCUGGCGCUGCCGCCCGCGCUCACCGCCUACCUACUGUACCGCGCGCCCUAGCGCCGCCCGCGCCCCGCGCGCCCGCCGCGCGCCGCGCCCUCCGCGCACCC